UGUAAUUUUGAACUAUCUUAUUAAAUCAUUUACAGCUAAAUACAUCAAUAUUUUUUUUAGAUGUUGAUUUCAAGAUGAAUUCAGAUUGCAUUAUGGAUACGGCUGAUGAUCUAAUAAGUCUUCAGUAUAGUUCAGAUGAUGAAUCUUGGCCUAUGUUAUUGUCUGAACUCAAUGCAUACAAAGAAAAAUUAACCUUAGCUAAACAUUUACUUGCCGAUCAAAAUGAUUUAAUUUUCAAUAUCACUUCAAGAUUUAAUCUACUUGUUGAGGAAGUCAAAGUUAUAAAACCUUCUGCAGAGUAUCGAGAUGCAGAAACAUUAACUAAUACUGCUUUUGAUUCCACCACAGCUUGUAUUUGUGGGGUCCGUGCAAAACCAGAUAACCAUAGUAUAUGCCCUUUAUGUAAAUUAUACAUUGUGGGAUCUGAAGGCGAUAAAAUGUUUGAUAAAUUAGUUGAGCAUGUAAGCAGUCAUUUCCCAGAUGAAGAACCUGAAACUAUAAUUGAUAGUUUAUCUGGACACUAUUAAAAGCAUUUGURGCAGUCAAGAAUCAUUAUUUUUAUAGAAAUAUUUUUUAUUUUGUUAAUAUUUAUAAAUGUAAUAUAUCUACUUGAUUUAAUUAAAUUAUUAAUCAAGGUGAUGGAUAUUAAUAAGAUUGGUACAAAUUUUAUACUAAAAAGAAAAACUAGCUUAAGCUAAUUCUGAUGGCUGUACAUCUUUUGAAUCAGAGUUGCCAACAGUAGUCCUUUGUAAUAAGUUUCUACAGAACCAUGACGGUUUUUCCCGUUU